AGAGAGAGAGAGAUGCCCAAACAGACGCAGCAGCAGACGUGCCCGCUCCCGUCUGCUUCUCUCCCCCUCACUCUGGAGAACAGCGCUUUGACGCACCACGCAGAGUUGGAUUAUUGCGCGCUGGACUCUCACAGGUUUUCUUUCCUUUUUUUUCUUCCUUUUUUUAUUUGGCUGUACUCCUCAUUACUGACUUAAUUGAUCCCUCUUUUCUAUCGGAAUCAAUAAAUCUCCUCUACUGUGAGAUCUGAGUUGUUUUUUUUUUUUUUUUUUUUUUGUGGGGGACGAGAAGCUGCUGCCGCUGCUUCCGCGCCGGACGCGUGUUGUGAAUUAAUAACCAACCAACACAGCCUUAUUGCUACCUGGAGUGUGUCUGUAGGUGUGUGUGUGUGUGCCUACACACUAAGGAAGCGUUUUGUUGAAUCACACCAAGGAUAGAAGAGAUUUUUGGGGGGGCGGAUCGGACCCAUGCGCACGCCUGUGCAUCCACAGAACUGAAGACAUCGGGAGAACCUGCGCACCGCAUGCCGUGGACAUGUGGAAGUUUGCGCCGCUGUAGCGCACACACAGAGCCGGGCCACCUCCUGCUCAGUGGGACCAAACUUCUGCUCCAGACACUCAAUCCCUAACAGGACCCAAAUGUAAUUUUCUUUUAAAAAAUCUUUUAGAAAAACGUUUGAAGCAAAAAGGGGACGACUUUUAAAAAGGAGGGGGACGGAAUCCCGUUCCUCGAAGAGUUUUGCCAGCUCCUUUGGGAACUCCGAGGCUUUAUUAAUUGUAUUCUUAUUUCCCCCCCUCGAUAUUCUUGUAUUUUCUUUGCAUUUUGCGGGUCUCAUAUUGGCCCCUCAGCUUGCCGCAGUGAUGGUGGGAGCUCUCUGCCCCGCUGGCUUUGGCCGCUCCUUGGAGACCGCGCGGAGACUGCUGCUGCUGCUGGUCACCGUCCUGGUCCUGGUUCUGUUCAGAGGAGCCGACGGACAGCCGUGCCCGCCCCAGUGCUCCUGCACCGGGACUACGGUGGACUGUCACGGUCAGGGGCUCCGCAGCGUGCCCAGGAACAUCCCCAGAAACACGGAGCGACUGGACCUGAAUGCAAACAACCUCACUAAAAUCACCAAAGCGGAUUUUGCAGGACUGAGGCAUCUGCGAGUCUUACAGUUAAUGGAGAACAAAAUCACCACAAUCGAAAGAGGAGCUUUCCAGGACCUGAAAGAGCUGGAGAGACUGCGCCUAAAUCGGAAUAAUCUGGCCGUGUUUCCUGAGCUGCUUUUCCUGGGAACGACUAAGCUCUAUAGACUUGACCUGAGUGAAAACCAGAUUCAGGGGGUUCCUAGGAAAGCCUUCAGAGGAGCUGUGGAAAUCAAAAACCUCCAGUUGGACUACAACCACAUCAGCUGCAUUGAAGAUGGAGCUUUCAGAGCAUUACGUGACCUGGAAGUACUAACCCUGAACAACAACAACAUCAGCCGAUUGUCUGUGGCCAGCUUCAACCACAUGCCAAAGCUCAGGACUUUCCGCCUGCACUCCAAUAACCUGCAGUGUGACUGCCAUGUGGCCUGGCUGUCCGAGUGGCUGCGACAGCGCCCCCGCUUGGGUCUCUACACACAAUGCAUGGCCCCGCCACACCUGAGGGGCCACAAUGUGGCAGAGGUGCAGAAAAAGGAGUUUGUGUGUGCAGGUCACCAGUCAUCAUCAUCAUCUUCCUCCUGCAGUGUGUUACAGUGUCCAGAGUCCUGCACCUGCAGCAACAACAUUGUGGACUGCAGAGGAAAGGGUCUGACAGAAAUACCUACCAACCUGCCUGAAACCAUCACUGAGAUACGACUGGAGCAGAACGCUAUCAAGGUGAUCCCAGCUGGGGCCUUUUCUCCUUAUAAGAAGCUGCGCAGGAUAGACUUGAGUAACAACCAGAUAUCUGAAUUGGCCUCGGAUGCCUUCCAAGGUCUGCGCUCCCUGAAUUCUUUGGUUUUAUACGGGAACAAGAUCACKGAGAUUUCCAAAGGGCUGUUUGAGGGACUGUUUUCUCUGCAGCUCUUGUUGCUGAACGCUAAUAAGAUAGCGUGUUUGCGCGUGGACGCAUUUCAGGACCUUCAUAACCUCAACCUGCUUUCCCUGUAUGACAACAAGCUCCAAACCAUCGCCAAGGGGACGUUCUCGUCUCUGAGAGCCAUACAAACACUUCACUUAGCCCAGAACCCAUUUAUCUGUGACUGCCACCUGAAGUGGCUGGCCGACUACCUGCAGGAUAAUCCCAUUGAGACGAGCGGCGCCCGCUGCACCAGCCCCCGGCGCCUCGCCAACAAACGCAUCGGACAAAUCAAGAGCAAGAAGUUCCGCUGCUCAGCUAGAGAACAGUAUUUCAUCCCAGGAGUACAUCAUGUUGGCUGUACCGAGGAUUACCGCAGCAAGCUCGGAGGCGAUUGCUUCGCCGACUUGGCCUGCCCCGAGAAGUGUCGCUGCGAGGGCACGACAGUCGACUGCUCCAACCAGAAACUCACCAAAAUCCCAGAUCACAUUCCUCAGUACACAGCCGAACUGCGUUUGAACAACAAUGAAUUCACCGUGCUCGAGGCGACAGGGAUCUUCAAAAAGUUACCUCAGCUGAGGAAGAUUAACCUGAGUAAUAAUCGCAUCAGUGACAUAGAGGAGGGGACGUUUGAAGGAGCCUCAGGGGUCAAUGAGUUGAUUCUGACCUCCAACAAACUGGAGAACGUGCACCACCAUAUGUUAAAGGGACUCAGCGGCCUCCGCACACUUAUGCUUCGGAGUAAUCGCAUCAGCUGUGUGAGUAACAGCAGCUUCGUUGGGUUGAGUUCAGUCCGUCUCCUCUCACUCUACGACAACCAGAUCACCUCCAUGAACCCUGGAGCCUUCGACACGCUGCACUCCCUGUCCACACUAAAUCUCCUGGCCAAUCCCUUCAACUGUAACUGUCACCUGGCCUGGCUCGGCGACUGGCUGAGGAGGAAACGUAUCGUUACUGGAAACCCUCGCUGCCAGAAUCCCUAUUUCUUGAAGGAGAUUCCCAUCCAGGAUGUAGCUGUCCAGGAUUUUGCCUGUGAAGAUGGUAAUAACGAGAACAGCUGCUCUCCUGUCCUGAGGUGUCCAGCAGAGUGUUCCUGUCUGGACACGGUGGUCCGCUGCAGCAACAAGGGUCUCACCACGCUACCCAAGGGCCUCCCUAAAGAGACCACUGAACUGUAUUUGGACGGUAACCACUUCACUCAGGUUCCUGUGGAGCUCUCCGAUUACAAACACCUCACCCUCAUUGAUUUGAGUAACAACCAGAUCAGCACGUUGUCCAAUCACAGCCUCAGUAACAUGUCUGAGCUGCUUACCCUAAUCCUGAGCUACAACCGCCUGCGGUGCAUACCAGUGAGGGCGUUCGACGGGCUCAAAUCGCUCCGUUUGCUAUCUCUCCAUGGAAAUGACAUAUCUCUGAUACCAGAAGGAGCUUUUAAAGACUUGUCGUCACUUUCCCAUCUAGCUCUGGGGGCCAACCCUCUGCACUGUGACUGCCACAUGCAGUGGCUCUCAGACUGGGUGAAGAGCGGCUACAAGGAGCCCGGCAUUGCCCGUUGUGCUGGGCCCGGCGACAUGACUGACAAACUGCUCCUCACCAUGCCCUCCAAAAAGUUUACCUGCACAGAAGUCCUCGGGCCUUGUGGUUUUCUGGUGACAGGCCCAGUGGAUUUGAGCAUCCAGGCUAAAUGUGACCCCUGUCUGUCCAACCCCUGCAACAAUGACGGCACAUGUGCCAACGACCCUGUGCACUACUACCGUUGCACCUGCCCUUAUGGAUUUAAGGGACAAAACUGUGAAGAACCUAUACAUGCCUGCAUCAGUAACCCAUGUCAYAAUGGCGGAACGUGCCAUCUGAAAGAAGGCGAAGGGAGCAACUUUUGGUGUGUGUGUCCAGAGGGCUUUGAAGGUGAUGCAUGUGAGAUCAACAUUGACGACUGUGAAGACAAUGACUGUGAGAACAACUCUACCUGCGUUGAUGGGAUCAAUAACUACACAUGCAUGUGUUCACCAGAAUACACAGCUGCUACCAAUGAGGUGGAGAGAGGAGAGCUGUGUGAAGAGAAACUGGACUUUUGUGCCCCUGAGCUGAACCCGUGUCAGCACGACUCAAAAUGCAUUUUGACACCUCAGGGAUACAAGUGUGAGUGCACUCCCGGUUAUGUAGGUGAGCAUUGUGAGCUGGACUUUGACGACUGUGAGGAAAACAAGUGUCAGAACGGAGGUCACUGCAUCGACGCUGUGAACGGAUACACCUGCAUCUGUCCGGAGGGAUACAGUGGCUUGUUCUGCGAGUUCCCCCCUCCGAUGGUACUUCCUCGCACCAGUCCUUGUGACAACCACGAGUGCCUCAACGAGGCUCAGUGCAUUGUGGUGGGAGCKGACCCCCAGUGCCAGUGUCCCCACGGCUACGAGGGCGAGCGCUGCGAAACGCUCGUCAGCGUCAACUUCGUCAACCGAGAGUCGUACCUGCAGCUUCCCUCCAGCCUCCUCUCYCCUCAGACCAACAUCAGUCUGCAGAUUGCCACAGAUGAGGACAGCGGCGUCUUGCUGUAUAAAGGCGACAACGAUCACAUUGCAAUGGAGCUGUACAGGGGACGUCUCAGGGUCAGCUACGACACUGGAUCCUACCCGCCUUCCGCUAUUUACAGCGUGGAGACGGUGAACGAUGGCAGCUUCCAUUCUGUGGAGUUGGUGGCAUCAGAUCAGACUCUGACUCUGUCCAUCGARGGCGGAGCACCCAAAUCCAUCAACUCCAUCAGCAAACAGUCUACACUCAAUAUAGACUCUCCACUUUACGUGGGAGGGAUGCCAGAGAGGGUCUCCGGGGGUCUUUCGGCCCUGCAGCUCAGCUCUGGAGGCCGGAACGGCACCAGCUUCCACGGCUGCCUCCGUAACUUCUACAUCAACGGGAAGCUCCAAAACUUGGGAGCUGGACUGGAUCGAAAAGGUUCAGGUUCUGGGACUUCGCAGCGCAGCAGCCAGUGGCUGGGUAACGGCGUGGAGCCUGGCUGCCAGCCGUGUCAGAGAGGCGUCUGCGUCCAGGGGGACUGCCACCCAACGGGUCACCGUGGCUUCACGUGCACUUGCCGCCUUGGGUGGACGGGCGCUCUUUGUGACCAGCAAGUUAGCAAUGCUUGUGAUGGCAACAAGUGUAUCCACGGAACCUGCAUCCCCAUCAACUCGUACUCGUACUCGUGUCGCUGUCAGCCCGGUUUUGCUGGUGUGCUGUGCGAUGAGCAGGAUCCAGCUGCGGCUAAACCCUGCAGCCUGUCUCGCUGCAAACAUGGAAAAUGUAGAGUUUCAGGCCUGGGCCAAGCUUACUGCGAGUGUGACAGUGGAUACACAGGAGAGGCUUGUGACCGAGAGGUUGCCUGUCGAGGGGAACGGGUCAGAGAUGUCUACCAGAGACAGCAAGGCUACGCGGCGUGCCAAACCCAGGAGAAGGUCUCCCGUCUAGAGUGUCGAGGCAGCUGCCCYGGGGGAGCAGAAGGACAGGGCACCUGCUGCACCCCCCUCCGCAGCAAACGUAGGAAAUACACCUUCCAGUGCACCGACGGCUCUUCUUUUGUCCAGGAAGUGGAAAAAGUUGUCAAGUGCGGCUGUACAAAGUGUUCUUCAUAAAAAAAAAUGUUAAAAGAGAAUUUAAAAAAAAAGACUGRGCCCUCGACAGAUUUCUGUUUCUCCAGAUAUGUUUUGUGUUCCUGCCCGCCUUACUUGAUCCGUCUCGUUUGCCAUGAGGAAACUCGGCCCAACCUCCUGAGAGUAUUAUUACCACCAACACUGUUUUUAAUAAAAAUCCUGAAAAAGUGGAAUAAAAAAAUAAAAAACAACAAAAACAACUUAAAAAAAGMUUUUUUGGUCAGUGCUGGACUGAUGACUGAUGCGUCCUUGGUGGGAAUCCUGAAUUGUAUUGUAAAGUUCAAAAACAGACUUAUUUUUUAUUAAGAAGUGGAGGAAAAAGACAAAAAAAAAGUUGACUUUUUGUCCUGACAUUUGCUUCUUUUUUGUUGGUCGUGACGACUCCAAUGGUGUGCCACGUUUUCUCUUCCCCUCCGGACCGGUCAUUGAUGGAUGACCGCUUCCUGUAGACUUCCUGCUUCCUGUCAUGAGUUGUGUGUGUUAUAGGAAGAACUUUUACUGUAGUACCACAGACUUGCCACCAGGAGGAGCUGCCUUAAAGCARGGGGGASUGUGGAGCAGCUAUAACCUCCUCAACCACCACUGUAACCUGCAGGCCUCAUCCAUCCUCUGUGACUGUGUGCACGAUUGUACACGAGCGGCGAUUCUUUUUACUGCUACUGAACAACAGACACACACAAACACUCUCACCUGCAGUCUCCAUGUUUAUGACAAGUAUUUAUUGUAUCAUAAAUACCUGUACUUAUUCAAUAGAUCCCCCCACCCCAUGUAUCAGUUUUAAUAUAUAUUAAUUUAUAUUUGUCCUUAUUUUUGUAUUAAAAAGACAUACUCUGUCAAGAUAGCUAAACUAACAAAAAAAUGCUGUUCUUUAUUUUGGUGUAAAAGAGGUUUGUUUUGUUUUUUGGAUCACUGAAACUGUCAUCCUUGCCAGAGACCUUAGUUACAUUUUAAUCUGCAAAUGUGACGUGAAGACAUUGUAUAUUUUUGUCGUGUUUUCUGAGAGUUUGUACUGUGCCAUUACCAGAAGGUCUUUAUAUUAGAGUAUAAAUGUAUAGUUUUCCCUACCAAUGUAUUUCACACACAGAUCCUGUGAGUAGCAUUGACCCUAUAGCGGAUACAUAGAGCUCUUUUUACCUUUUUAACAAAUUUAAAUAAUACUGUGACUUUUUCUAAAUGAAACUACCCUGUUAGCCCCCUCGGUCCCUGAUGUUAACAUGUUGCUGCUAAGUUUUUUGUACCGUAUAGACUUGGAUCCUGAUCUGUAUGUUAUAUAGAGCUUCCUGUUCCUCACACUAAGGGGGGGCACCUUGUGUAACAGAUYAAUAUGUCCCCUGACACCUGUACACAUGUGCAUUGUGCUUUAUAUCUGCCCCCAUUCUCAAUCCCCCAGACUAAUGUCAGUUACCUGACUGAUGUUUGUUUAUUAAACACAAUAUUUACCUCACA